AUUAACCGACCCGGAAUAAUAUAUAGUACAUCAGGGUCCGGGUCUACGCGUUUCCGAGGGGCAUUUUCGUAGUAAAAUCAUAAAUGAAUGGCAUUUAUUUCCCAAUUAAGAACUGCCCAGCAUUAAAUCAAACACUAAAAAUGCACUCCACAUUGUUCAUUUCAUUUCAGCACAAACACAGCUUUCUCUCUCUCUCUCUCUCUCUCUCUCUCUCUCUCUCUAGAACAACACAGCUGAAAAAUCUGCGCAGAUCUUGUUGCUUCUCGUAUUCUACCACAAAGUCUGCUCUUGUUUGAGUGGAUGUAGCAAAAAUACGUGUCAUUGCUGCUUUUCUUGAGAUGCAAGCAUCCCGAGAAUCAAAAAAAUCCACCCAUAACCAAACUCAUUACAAUCAACCGAUGCCGCAGAUUAACCCCUACGGCUUUUCUUCUCUCCAAGCUCUGAACAAUGACUCGACCGAUAGCAAAAGCCAGGGGACUGAAGUUACAUUCCAAGCUUACAACGAACAGUUCUUCACUCUCGAAUCUACCCCGGCAGCUGAUUACAUCGCUUACAAUUCACCUUCAACUAUAAGCGUCUCUUCCAACAGAAGCCCCUUCUCUCCACAAGGCUCUCACUCGUACGCAUCUGAUCUCCACCCUCCAUCCGAUAACACAUGCAGCUCACCCCUGAGUGGUUCCUCUGAGUUUGACGAUGAAAACAAGCUGUUACGCGCACUAUGGGUAUUGAGAAACGAACUGCUCGGACCCGAAUCCGAAACCGAUGACAGUGGCUCCUUCAAUGGCAUAUUGGCUCAACCUUCUCCCUUCACAAAAUACAACAGAGUACUCGAAAUGGCGCCCCACAUGGACCUGAACCAACUGCUCUUUGCAUGUGCUGAAAUAGUGUCGGAAGUUGACACCGUCCCGUUCUCAGACAGACAGGUGGCGGUUUCUGCGGCCGAAGCUUUGAUGGACAUAUUGGAAAAGAUGGUGUCAGUUUCUGGCGAGCCUUCACAGAGGUUAGGUGCGUAUAUGUUGGAAGGACUUAGGGCGAGGCUGUUAUCCUCGGGGAGCAUAAUCUACAAAAAGCUGAAGUGUAAAGAGCCGACGGGUUCCGAACUAAUGUCUUACAUGCACGUGCUUUUCCAAAUCUGCCCUUACUACAAGUUCGCCUACAUGUCUGCUAACGUAGUCAUAGGUGAAGCAAUGGAGAACGAAAACAGGAUCCAUGUAAUAGAUUUCCAAAUUGCGCAGGGUAGUCAGUGGGUGUCGUUCAUCCAGGCUCUCUCACGUAGGCCGGGGGGCCCACCGUAUAUUCGCAUUACAGGUAUAGACGAUUCUCAAUCUGCUUACGCUCGAAACGGAGGGUUGGAUUUAGUCGGCCAGAGGCUAGUGCAAGUUGCCGAGUCUUGCGGGGUGCCGUUGGAAUUUCACGGAGCGGGUAUGUCAGGGUGCGAGGUUCAGCUCGAGAGUCUCGGAAUUCGAAAUGGGGAAGCGUUGGCCGUGAAUUUUCCGUACAUACUCCACCACAUGCCAGACGAGAGUGUCAGCACUACGAACCACCGCGACCGCUUACUCAGGCUGGUCAAGAGCUUGUCUCCUAAAGUCGUGACACUCGUCGAACAAGAAUCGAACACGAACACUGCAAAUUUCGUUCAAAGAUUCUGCGAGACUUUGGAUUUCUACACGGCCAUGUUUGAGUCGAUUGAUGCUGCACGCGCGAGGGACGAUAGGCAGAGGAUUAGUGCGGAGGAGCACUGUGUGGCGAAGGAUAUUGUAAACAUUUUGGCUUGUGAGGGUAUGGAGAGAGUAGAAAGGCACGAGGUUUUCGGAAAGUGGAGAUUGAGGCUAACUAUGGCUGGGUUUACUCCGGUGCAGUUGAGUUCGUCGGUUAGUGAUGCGGUUAGGGAUAUGCUCAAGGAAUACAGCUCGAAUUACAGAUUGGCGGAGGGGAAUGGUGCUUUGUAUCUCGGAUGGAAGAACAGAGCUUUGUCUACUUCUUCUGCAUGGAGAUAAAUUAUACAUACAUACAAUAUAUAUAUAAGUAUGUAUGUAUGUAUGUAUGUAUGUAUGAUCAGAAAGGGAGAGGAGGAAAUAGUGAGGUAAAACACUUGUAGAUUUAUGGUAUAGAGCACUUUUUUUUAUUUACUUGUAAAGUGAAUUUGCUGUUGUGUUUUGUGCUGCUUUUAUUUGGAGGUAAUUGGAAAGCUCUUCUGACAGAGCCUAGUUCUGACUUGGUCAACCCUUUUUUUUUUUUUUUUUUAAUUGUACGGAGUCAUAGGAAGAUUGGUACAGACAUUGCAACCAAGUACAAUGUUGAAUAUUAUUUAUUAAUAAUUGAAUCUCCUUUUUUGUUUUUCUUU